UUUCUCACUAUGAGGAACAUACAUUCAUGAUCCUAAUUGGUAGGAAGAGGUAGGGAAGAGAAAAAUAAAAGUUUUGAUUAUAAGUAGUUGAUGGCGUCUUCAUCUUCUCAACCAUCAAAUAAGGAGAUGCGUAGCUCCGGUGGGCCAAACACCAACCAACAAGGUGGGAAUCGAAAUGCGGCCGGCAAUGGGCAGACAGUGAAAUUCGCUCGCCGAACUUCCAGUGGGCGGUACGUUAGCUUAUCGAGAGAAGAUCUUGAUAUGUCCGGCGAGAUAUCAGGUGACUACAUGAACUACACCGUUCACAUUCCUCCCACCCCUGACAACCAGCCCAUGGACACUUCGUCGGUGGCGGUGAAAGCGGAAGAGCAAUACGUGUCCAAUUCCUUAUUCACAGGUGGAUUCAACAGUGUUACCCGCGCGCAUCUCAUGGACAAAGUCAUCGAGUUUGAGGUUACCCAUCCACAGAUGGCUGGUGCUAGGGGCUCGUCUUGUGCCAUGCCAGCCUGUGAUGGCAAAGUCAUCAAGGAUGAGCGUGGCAAUGAUGUCAUCCCUUGCGAGUGCAGGUUCGGAUGUAGUUAUUAGAAAACUAUAUAAGAUCCAAUAUUCAAUUCAUUUCCAGAUAUAAUCAAGACAUUUUGUUUGGUUAUUUCUUGGAUGAUUAGGCUCAAGAUCUGCAGAGACUGCUACUUAGAUGCCCAAAAGGAUGGUGGGUUAUGUCCAGACAUGGGGACUACGACGACGAUGUACCAGAUUUUUCCAAUGGGGCAUUGCCAUUACCUCCACCAAGCAAAGGAGAUUCCAGCAACCAAAAUGGAGAAUUCGAUCACAACCGUUGGUUGUUCGAGAACAAAGGCGCCUAUGGUUAUGGUAAUGCCUAUUGGCCACCCCCGGAUGAUGUGUAUGACGAUGAUGAUGGUGGUGAGGAUGGAACAUCCAUGUUGGAAAGGAACGACAAACCCUGGCAGCCUCUUAGUCGAAAGAUGUUAGUCGACUCCUCAAUCCUCAGCCCUUAUCGCCUUCUCAUUGUGGUUCUGGGGUUCUUCCUGCAAUGGAGGAUCACUCAUCCUAACAGAGAUGCCGUGUGGCUAUGGGCUAUGUCCAUUACAUGUGAGCUCUGGUUUGCAUUCUCCUGGAUUCUUGACCAAAUCCCGAAAAUUAGCCCUGUUUAUCAAUUGACUGACCUCGAGGUGUUGAAGGAAAAUUUUGAAAUGCCAUCCCCAACAAACCCCACAGGCCGCUCUGACCUCCCAGGUGUUGACAUGUUUGUCUCCACCGCAGAUCCUGAGAAGGAACCGCCAUUAAUCACUGCCAACACUAUUCUCUCCAUCUUGGCAGCGGACUACCCCGUGGAGAAGCUUGCAUGCUACAUAUCCGACGACGGAGGUGCACUGUUAACAUUUGAGGCGAUGGCAGAGGCGGCAAGCUUUGCAGAGCUAUGGGUCCCCUUUUGCAGGAAGCACAACAUCGAGCCAAGAAAUCCUGACAGUUACUUUAGCUUGAAAGUGGACCCCACCAAGAACAAGAGCAGAUUGGAUUUUGUUAAAGACAGGAGAAGGAUGAAGAGAGAGUAUGAUGAGUUCAAAGUGAGGAUCAACAGCCUGCCUGAUUCGAUAAGAAGGAGGUCGGACGCUUUCAAUGCCAGGGAAGAGAUGAAGAUGUUGAAGCAGAAAAGGGAGAGUGGGGGUAUUAAAAUUCAAAAGGCCACAUGGAUGGCUGAUGGUACUCACGUGGGCAGCAUCGGCUCCUGACCAUGCCAAGGGAGACCACUCUGGGAUUCUACAAGUGAUGCUCAAGCCUCCCAGCACCGACCCUUUAAUGGGCGGGUUUGACGACGACAAGAUGAUUCUUGAUUUCACUAAUUUCGACAUCCGGCUUCCGAUGUUUGUCUAUGUGUCUGCGUGAGAAGAGACCAGGGUAUGACCACAACAAAAAAGCGGGUGCAAUGAACUGUUUGGUAAGGGCAUCUGCUAUUCUCUCCAACGGCCCAUUCAUUCUCAACCUUGAUUGUGACCACUACGUUUACAACUGCAAGGCUAUAAGGGAAGGGAUGUGUUUUAUGAUGGAUAGAGGUGGGGAGAGCAUUUGCUACAUUCAGUUUCCUCAGAGGUUUGAAGGAAUCGAUCCCUCGGAGGGAUCGGUAUGCCAACAAGAAGACAGUCUUCUUUGAUGGGAAUAUGCGUGCCCUUCCCUAGAUGGUCCCGUGUAUGUGGGCACGGGUUGCAUGUUUAGUUUAGGCGCUUUGCCUUGUACGGAUUUGAUCCACCGAAUCCAGAUAAGACUCAACCAAAGGAUGAUUCUUCCUCGGCUGAGACGCAUCCCUUGACUACUACCGACUUUGACCCAGACCUCGACCUCAACCUCUUGCCCAAAAGAAAAGGUUUGGCAACUCUACAAUGUUGGCUGAAUCGAUACCUGUUGCGGAGUACCAAGCUCGACCUUUAGCUGACCAUCCUGCUGUUAAAUAUGGACGCCCUCCUGGUGCUCUUAGGGUUCCAAGGGAACCGCUGGACGCGACCACUGUUGCUGAAGCAGUAUCUGUAAUCUCUUGUUGGUACGAGGACAAAACCGAAUGGGGAGGGCGAGUGGGUUGGAUCUACGGCUCCGUCACCGAAGACGUGGUGACAGGGUACCGCAUGCACAACCGCGGCUGGCACUCCGUCUACUGCGUCACAAAGCGAGACACCUUCCGCGGAGGAGCUCCCAUCAAUCUGACCGAUCGGCUCCACCAGGUGCUGAGAUGGGCCACGGGCUCCGUCGAGAUCUUCUUCUCGAGAAACAACGCCUUCCUCGCUUCCAGGAAGCUCAUGUUGCUACAACGCCUCUUCUAUCUCAACGUCGGCAUAUACCCCUUCACCUCCAUCUUUCUCAUCGUCUACUGCUUCCUCCCGGCACUGUCGCUCUUCUCGGGCUCCUUCAUCGUGGAGAGCCUCAACAUUGCCUUCUUGGUCUACCUUCUCAUCAUCACCUUCUGCCUCAUUGGGCUUGCCCUCUUGGAAGUCAAGUGGUCCGGGGUCGGGCUGGAGGAAUGGUGGAGGAACGAGCAGUUUUGGCUCAUCUCUGGCACCAGCGCGCACUUGGCCGCCGUGGUGCAGGGCCUGCUCAAGGUGGUUGCUGGCAUUGAAAUCUCCUUUACUCUGACUUCUAAAGGAGCCGGGGAUGACAACGACGACAUCUACGCGGAGCUAUACCUGGUGAAGUGGACUUCUCUCAUGAUUCCACCCAUUGUAAUUGCCAUGACGAAUAUCAUAGCCAUGGCCUGGGCACUCAUCAGGACUGUAUACAGCGCGGUGCCGCAGUGGAGCAAAUUGGUGGGUGGCGGGUUUUUCAGCUUCUGGGUUUUGGCUCACUUGUACCCCUUCGCCAAAGGCUUGAUGGGGAGGAGAAGGAAGACUCCGACGAUCGUGUAUGUGUGGUCAGGCUUGAUAGCAAUCACGCUCUCUCUUCUUUGGAUUGCUAUUAGCCCGCCCACCGUCGUCAACACUCCCACCCAGCCAAGUGGCACGGGCGGCAGUUUCUAGUUCCCCUGAUAAUUACCCAAGCAGGGGCUUCACAUGCUUUUGUAGUAGCUUUGUACACAUUCAAUACUAGACACAGACAGGCAGGCAUGCUCUAAUUCAAGCGCUGGAACCAUAGCCAAAGCAGAGUAGAACUAGCACUCCACUUAACAGAUUUCAAUACAAUGUGUGUUUAUGUCAAACAAUUGCCAGAUCAAUUUGUAAGGAACGUUGCGCAGA